GUCCACGAGCCAGACGGCAGUGUACGGUGCGGAGCCACCAGUGGAGGAUACACUCACUGCAGCCACGGCCAGACACAUGGUCAUUCUCUAUGGACUUUUGUUAAUUCUAUGGACUUGUUUAACUGACCAGAGAGGAUGGGGGUGAUUGGCAGUAAGAAGCUCUCUUGGAGGAAGGAUGACCACUACAACCUGAAUUCUCCUGCCCGUCAGUUUUUCAAGCCCUCUCACCCGCCGAUUGUUCCGGCCACACGGCCUCAGCACAUUGACGCGCAAUGCAGAAUAUCACAGAAAGAAAAGAAAUUCAUCGCUGCGUUAUUCGAUUAUACCCCAAUAAAUAAUGGGGAUCUGGAGCUGCAGAAAGGAGAGAAACUGGAGGUGCUGUCAGAUUCUAGUGGUGAUUGGUGGUUGGCAAAAUCUGAACGCACCGGCAAAGAAGGCUACAUCCCCAGCAACUUUGUGACUCCUGUACAUAGACUGGAAAUGGAAAAGUUCUUUUUUAAUAACAUCACUCGAAAAGAUGCAGAAAGACAACUCUUAGCUCCAGAUAACAUCCCCGGUACAUUCCUCAUCCGUGAGAGUGAAACCAACCUAGGCACCUAUUCGCUUUCUGUCCGGGACAAAGAUCCAACGAGAGGAGAUUUAAUCAAACACUAUAAGAUCCGGAUGCUGGACAAUGGGGGGUAUUACAUCUCUCCCGCCCUCACCUUCUCCUCACUACAGGAACUUGUCAAACAUUAUUCCACCAGGCCAGACGGCUUAUGCCGCAAACUGGAGAAGCCGUGCCCGGCAUUGAUCCGAAGCAAAUGGGAGACUGACGUCUGGGAGAUCCCGCGGGAGUCUGUGAGGCUUGUCAGGAAACUUGGAGCCGGACAAUUUGGGGAAGUGUGGAUGGGUUUUUAUAAUUCCAACGUAAAAGUGGCCAUAAAGACAUUAAAAGAGGGCAGCAUGUCACCCCUGGCUUUUCUGGAAGAAGCGAACUUGAUGAAAAGUCUCCGACAUAACAAACUGGUGCAGCUAUUCGCCGUGGUCACCAAAGAACCCAUAUACAUUGUUACAGAAUAUAUGAGUAAUGGAAGCUUAGUGGAUUUUUUGAAGACGGAUGAAGGAGUGAAGCUGCGCUUUUCCAAGCUGGUAGACAUGUCGGCACAGGUGGCGGAGGGCAUGGCGUACAUUGAAAAGAAGAAUUAUAUCCACAGAGACCUGAGAGCUGCCAACGUCUUGGUGAAUGACAUUCUGUGCUGUAAAAUAGGAGAUUUUGGACUGGCGAGAAUCAUCGAUACGGAAUACAUAGCUAAGGAGGGUACCAAAUUUCCCAUCAAGUGGACGGCCCCUGAAGCCAUUAACUUUGGAGUCUUCACCAUUAAGUCUGAUGUAUGGUCUUUUGGAAUUCUUCUCACCGAAAUUGUGACAUAUGGUCGAAUUCCAUAUCCAGGUAUGACCAACCCCGAGGUGAUCCAGCUAUUAGACGAAGGCUACCGCAUGCCCUGCCCUGAGAACUGCACCGCAGAACUCUACGAGAUCAUGAUGAAAUGCUGGAGAGAAAAAUCAGAGGACAGACCAACGUUCGAGUACCUACAGUCAGUCUUAGAAGAUUUCGGGACGGCAACUGAGAAACAAUACGAGGACGAACCCUGAGAUUUCACGCCGAGCCAGGAAUUGGGCCAAUCCAUGGACUAGGACCUAAACAUUGACACUGAAUGAUUGGAGAAGACCUCCUCUACCCAACGUCCACCCACCUAAUAUGUUUGCAUACAUUUUUUAUUUUUUUUUCCUUGGACCAUACGGUUGGCACUAGGUAUAGUCAACAUGACCAACUUAUAUGUAAGGAGAUUACCAAGGGGAAAUUGGGCGGUGCCAAUGGUCUAACAAGUGUGGGGGGCCCAUAGACUACCAUGAGGAACGUCAAGUGUUGGACCUUCACCAGAAGAAGUAGGUUGCGCCAAGUUUCUUAGCAACUUUUGGCAUCCAUUGGCAAAGUAGUCGUUUAUGUCACCAUACAUCGUCCGGUGGAUUACAGACUUGGCGAGUCCAUUUGUAACCCCCGGUACUGUUAAAUACACUUUUUGGCACCCAAAAAAUAGCAGCUCCUUACACUCCGUUGUCUCCAUGAAGAAGGGCUUACAUCUUAAAGAAAUCAUACCUGAUACUUACAGGGCAUAUAGAACACUGGACCAUCUAGGGCAGUGUUUCCCAAUCAGUGU